AGCGGCCUCGGCCUUCUUGAUAUGCGCCGCCGCCCGGGCCCCGCCGCCCCGCCACGAGAGCAGCAAAAGGAGCGGAAGCCACGGCCUCCAAGCCGCGCAGGGCCGGCCUCGACCCGCCAUCACGCCGCUUGGCUUCUGACAGGUAGCCGCCGCCUCAAACCUCAGCGAGGAUAACGCUCCUGAGGAAUCCCAAAUCCUGUACUGCAGCUCCCUCUAGUGGCUAUCAAGGAGACAAGCAGCCAUAAGAUUAAAAUACAUUCGCAGGCGCUUCCUUGUAAGGGUUUGCCCAGUGUUUACCCAGAAAGUCCUUGAAUGGGCAACACCUUGAACUCAGCACACCUGACUCACUUCUCCGCGCACCGCCAUAAAGUCAUAUAACUUGGGACGCCUAUAAAACCUGGGCAAUCACGGCCGCCUCUUUUUCAGACCAAGGACGGCCCGGGAGGACCGGUCGUUUAACUCGGGUUCUGAGCAACCUGCGUGAAAAUGGAAGGCGUCUUUUACCAAAAGUUGCUCUUUGUUGUAGCCAUUGCGCCAGGCGUCAUGACAGGCCUAGAGCUGUCCAUCAACGCCAACACCGCGGGCUACGAACUGGCGACCGAAGCGGGCCUGACCCAGUCACUCUGGUGCGCCGUGAAGCAUCCCAGCCAGGAUGAGGAGCUGCGGUGGCUGCGAGGAGACCAAGAAGUGAUCCUGCAGGAGGGGAACAAAGUGAACGCCAGCAACGUCUGCAUCUCCCCCGUCACUGACGAGGACAACGGCGUCUCCUUCACCUGCCAGCUGGCCCGGGACAAUUCCGUCCAGAUUUCUGUCCUGCUGAACGUCGCCUACGCCCCCAUCCUAACUGGGGAAGACCCUCCCGGCAUCCCCGCCGAGUGGGAUGCGACCCUCGAUUGCCGUGUCAAAGCCAACCCUCCUGCUCAACUUACCUGGCUGAAGGACAACCAAAGCCUGAGCCUGGAGGACUCCCGCUACUGGAUCUUCCAAACCAGCGAGCUGUUCCAGCUGACCAUUAAGCAGCUCCAAUCCUCGGAUGGAGGGAUAUACACCUGCGUGGCUCGCUCUCCGCGUGGAACGAGCCGUAAGGAUUUCCACCUGGUCGUCGAAGGUACUGUGUUCAGUAUGUCUUCUUCCUCCUGUUUGCCUCACAACAACAACCCUGUGAGGGAGAAAACUGCCUUUCCCCACCGAAGCGGUCAUCGCUGCUGGAGUGGUCCUGUCCCUCAUAGCUCUCUUCGGUCUUGCGGUUCGAUGGAAGAAGAUCACACAGUGUUUCAAGAAAACCGAUUCUUCCAGCCACACUGCCCUGUAAAGGAAUUCUUAUUCUGGAGCAACCUCUUCGUUGACCCCCCGUGUGACUUCAAAUGGCCAAUCUUUCCUCUCUAACAAGGAAAUUCUUAGCACUGUUGAACCGCUGCUUUGAUUUAGAACUUUAAAUAAAUCAAAUUUAUAAUUUAUCCGC